UUGCAACUUUCGGAAAGCACCCGAAAGGACUACGUUUCCCAGGAGGCAGUGCGGCACGGCGAGCGGGAGCCAAAAAAGCCUGGGCUCCCUGGGCGGUAGCUCUGUGGCGUGUCCCGGGCUCUGGGCUUGCGCCGCUGUCUGCCGCUCUUCGGCGGGCGAGAGGUCGCGGACUCGGUGCUGCUGGCGUAAACCCUACUCCGCGUUGAGCCGAGCGAGGCGGGCGGCGACCGGGCCCCACCAUGGCCGCGAACUAUUCCAGUACAAGUAACAAGAAAGAUCAUGUCAGAAUCACAAACAAGUCCCAGCCGGGCUUCUUGGAGCGGCUGAGCGAGACCUCGGGUGGAAUGUUUGUGGGGCUCAUGACCUUCCUGGUCUCCUUCUACUUAAUCUUCACCAAUGAGGGCCGUGCGCUGAAGACGGCGACCUCGCUGGCCGAGGGGCUGUCUCUGGUAGUGUCUCCCAGCAGCGUCCACACUGUGGCUCCAGAGAACGAGGGGAGGCUGCUGCACGUCGUCGGGGCCCUGCGGACGUCCAAGCUCCUGUCUGAUCCUAACUACGGGGUCCACCUCCCGGCCGUGAAGCUGCGGCGGCACGUGGAGAUGUAUCAGUGGGUGGAGACUGAGGAGUCCAGGGAGUACACGGAGGACGGACAGGUGAAGACGGAGAGGAAGUACUCCUACAACACAGAAUGGAGGUCAGAGAUCGUCAACAGCAGAAACUUUGACCGAGAGAUUGGCCACAAAAACCCCAGCGCGAUGGCCGUGGAGUCAUUCACCGCAACAGCCCCCUUCGUCCAGAUCGGCAGGUUUUUCCUCUCGGCGGGCCUCAUCGACAAAGUGGACAACUUCAAGACGCUGAGCCUGUCUAAGCUGGAGGACCCGCAUGUGGACAUCAUUCGCCGGGGGGACUAUUUCUACCACAGUGAAAACCCCAAGUACCCUGAGGUUGGAGAUCUGCGUGUCUCCUUCUCCUACGCGGGCCUGAGCAGCGACGACCCCGACCUGGGCCCAGCUCAUGUGGUCACCGUGAUUGCCCGGCAGCGGGGCGACCAGCUGGUCCCCUACUCCACCAAGUCAGGGGACACCCUGCUUCUCCUGCACCACGGGGACUUCUCGGCAGAGGAGGUGUUUCGUCGGGAACAGAAGAGCAACUCGCUGAAGACGUGGGGCCUGAGGGCGGCUGGCUGGGCGGCCAUGUUCAUGGGCCUCAACCUCAUGACGCGGAUCCUCUACACGCUGGUGGACUGGUUCCCCGUCUUCCGAGACCUGGUCAACAUCGGCCUGAAGGCCUUUGCCUUCUGCGUGGCCACCUCACUGACCUUGCUGACCGUGGCCGCCGGCUGGCUCUUCUAUCGGCCCCUGUGGGCGCUCGGGAUUGCUGGCCUGGCCCUGGUGCCCAUCAUCAUUGCUCGGACUCGGGUGCCGGCCAAGAAGCUGGAGUGAGCGGGCGCAGCGCCCGCAGACACCCCCGCGCCUCAGACCCGGGCCGCCCUCCCGAGCUGCCUGGGUCUUGGAUUCCACACACACGCCCUGCCCCGGCCGUGCACACGGGCAGCGGGUUGGUGUCUGUCAGUUAGCCCUUCACGCCCCUUCUCGCAGCGGGCAGCUUUGCUGGCAGGAGGCAGCUCCUGUCUGGCAGCGUGACCUCCACCCUCCUGCUUGUCUCCUUUCCCUCUCUGGGCACUGCGUGGCCACCCGUGUCUCUUAGCUGAUGUCUGUAAAGGUGGUGACCCUCAGACUGGAGGACGGUGCCAGGCCCCACCACAGCCGCCACCACACCAGGGUCCAGGACAAGGUGCCAGGCCCUGCCACAGCCGCCGCCACACCAGGGUCCAGGACAAGGUGGUCUGGGCGCCACAAACCCACUCUGUGUGCAACUCAGCUCAGUGCUCAGAGGCCACGGGUGUCUGGAUGCGGACCAUGGAUGUCUGUCCAGCUUCGCACACAUGUUGCAGUUUGGCAGAACCCUUUUGGUGCACAGGAUCUUCGAAGGUCUGGUUACUUAGUUUCUUAUCGCUUUGUGUCUCUGCAUCAAACUCCCUGACAAGGGGAUUGUUUGGGGCGUUGUUAAGUGGGGGUUGUUUCAAAUAAGACUUAAAAAACAAAACCCCUCCUGAAUGAUUCAUAUCUCAGACUGUUACACAAAAGCUCUCUGUGAUCUGUCUGUUGAAGUCAGUUCAGAGCAUGGGAAGUUCGGUGGGGCUGUGACUUACCUGGUUGAGGAAGUUACCCGUCCAUAUUCUGGGUCCCUGGGAAGGUUUUCAAAGCUUCAGGUGCUUUGAAACCAGUGUUAGCAGAAGGCUUGUUUUCCCUCUGAGAGGAGAUGGGUCUCUGCAUCUGAGAGAAAGGCAUUUCCUUUCUUCUCUGGCAUCAAAACGCAGUUUUCUUGAAAAUGAUUUUGCAUUAUUCAUCUGUCCCAAGUGUGUUCCUUCACGGUGACCCCCUUGCGUGUGUGCACACACAGCUCGACCACAGUUGGGCAUCAGAGGCUGCGUGUUGGGAAGCUCUCGCCCGGCUCUGCUCACCACACGCUUUGCCGUUAGAACCCGGCCCCAAGUGGCUGCUCCUGGGGGCCUUAUGUGUUCAGUGUCUACAGCUUUAUUCCUAACUCAAAUCCAGCCACACUUAGUUCACAGUUUUAAGUUUCCUAACGGCUUUUACACCCUUCGAAAGAUAGAGUGUGUGGUAACGUCGAUGUCUUAAGAGAUGGUACGUCCUUUGACUAUUUGGAACUUGCUAUGCCUUGCUGGGGUGGCUACUUUAAUGAGUAAUCUCUCUGUGUCCUGGGGGACUUGUGGUGUAAAUUGAGAUUUUUCAUGUACAAAACAGCCAGCCCCAGGGAUGAGUUAUCUGGGUUUAAGGACUGAAAUAGUGUUCACUAUUGCUUGUUAAAUCAGUGGUUUCUUCUAUCAACUCCUAAAGGUGCGUUUGGAAAGCACAGCAACAAAAUGAUGGCCAAAUACAAAAUUCUUAACAUCUGUGUGACUUCUUUCUAGUACAGAUUUUAAAUUACUGCCAAUUGCAAGUGUUCUUAAAGAACAAAAGAAUGUUAAUAAAUAUUUUGAGCAUUUGGAAAAUCAUAAUGAAACUUGUAUUACCUUUGUAUUUUUGAUAAAAAUUCAAAAUAAACUUCGGAAUAUCUUUUGAUGUA